CCGCAAACCCCGCCAGACUGUAAUAGAGGUGCGAGGCAAAACUAGCAAUCCCCCGGUGGGCUGUAACGGGAAGCGAGCAGCCACCAGCCGGAACAUCAAAUCAGGACAAGCCCUGCACCUCGCCCAGGGAAGAGACACCGCUGCGAUGCAUGUCCUCUGCGAAGGGGGCUCUCCCGGCUGCACCUCUGAGCUAGAGGGUCAGGAGCUGGAAAGUCAGUGUGAUUCACCCCACGGAUGGCAGCCGCCAUCUUAG